UCUUUGUAUGUAAAAGCUUUAUUUCGUGGGUAAGAGUCCAAAGGCCUCCACUUUGGUAGUUGCACACGUGGCAAUAUCCCUUCAAUUUCCAAAGCAGCGGCGCGUGAGAUCACGUGCCACCGAGUCUUCGGGCCGCCCUUUUCUACCGCCGUCUCUGUUGAGGCGUGAAGAGUGUCAUAUAAUUAUGUCGACCCUUACCUCCCGUCCCCAUGCGCAUCCCAGCCUCCUCCUCUCUCCCAUGUCUAUCCUCCGCCGCCUCCCCCUCCCCCCCCAUCUCCGAGUGCGAUUCCCUUCCAAGAGACGCGUCGUCUCCGCUGCCGCCGUUCGUCAGGACACCAACGUCUGGACGCCGGCCCCUCUCUCCGUCGUAGAACCUGCCGCCGAAUCGCUCUUCCACAUCACUGUCGAUGUCUCUGACGCCCCCGAUCUCGUUGCGUCCUACAUACGACCCGGUCAGUAUCUGCAGCUCCGCGUCCCCGAUGUCGAGAAACCCUCUUUUCUGGCAAUAGCCUCUCCGCCUUCCCUCGCCGCGGCUCGUGGUGCUUUUGAGUUCCUCGUGAAGAGCAUCGCCGGAUCCACCGCCGAGAUUCUAUGCGGCUUGGACAAAGGGGAGACGGUGGAGCUCAGUCCUGUCAUGGGCAACGGUUUUGACAUCGACUGGAUCGACCCUCCUCACCAAUACCCCACGGUUUUGAUUUUCGCCACUGGAUCUGGCAUCAGUCCAAUUCGUUCCCUAAUUGAGUCAGGAUUUGGUGCCGAAAGAAGAUCUGAUGUAAGACUCUAUUAUGGGGCUAGAAACCUUAAAAGAAUGGCUUACCAGGAUAGGUUUAAAGACUGGGAAUCAUGCGGUAUGAAAGUUGUGCCGGUAUUAUCACAGCCAGAAGAUGGAUGGGCAGGAGAAACCGGCUACGUUCAGGCUGCGUUUGCAAGGGCCAAACAACUUUCUAGUCCUCAAGCCACUGGAGUGGUGCUCUGUGGACAGAGACAAAUGACAGAGGAGAUAACAUCGAUUCUUGUGGCAGACGGAGUUUCAAGCGACAAGAUACUCAAAAACUUCUGAUAUAUUUGCACAUUGUUGUAUGAUUUUGGCGAGAAGUGGCUGUUGUACUGCCAUGAUGAUCAAUUCUUUUGCUACUAAGGGCCCGACAAUAAUUAUAAAAAAACACGCAUCGUUGUACGUUUUAGAGAAGAAUGUUGAAUCAUUACACACUCGGACACUGUUAAAGCCA